AUGGCUCGGCGCAAGUCUGCCUACGCGGAUGAGGGCACAGAUUCCGAUGACUCUGUCGUUUCGGAUGGCGCUCAAAGCCCAUCACGAAAAGUACCAUCAUUUGUUCCUUCUAAGCGCCGAGCGUUCCCUGCAUUUGUUAGCUCGAGCGCCAAUACGACAACGAUGAGUGCCGAGCGCAAUGAUGAUGACGACCCAGAUCCAGUGAUUGAGAGGCGUUCCUUCGGUGCAGGACUGGGCACGAAGAAGAAGUAUGCACCGCAAAUGCACGAACGUACAGAUGACGAUGAAGUGCCUGCUCGUACCGGACUUGGAUCGGCACCAACCCCGAUGUCAGCUGGCCCGGCACUCUCACGGACGUCAGGCACCGGCAGCUUUGAUCCGGCAGCACUUAUGCGCCAGAUGGGCUGGUCCGGUGGUGGUCUCGGUAAGCAUGGUACAGGGAUCGUGAACCCGAUUGAAGUCAAGAUGCGGCCGAAUCGAGCUGGUGUCGCGUUCGAUGGGCGGAGAGAGACUGCUGUGAAUGAGUCUGCCAGUAAAGGCAAACAUAGCGGGAAUGAGAGCCGUCGCCGCGCGAAUGUGCGCUCAAGACAGUCGAAGAAGCUUGACGACAGUGACGAGGACGAUGGGCAUGGUGAUGAUGAUGAUGAUGAUGAUGAUGCUGACGCCGACGACGGCGACGACCAUGGUCGUGUCACUUCGGCAGCAGCAUGGAAACGGCGCGACAAGGCGCAUAGAGUACGAGUCGUCUACCGAACAUAUGACGAAAUGGUUGCUGAAGCUGCUGGGGAGCUCGAGACGACCAUCCUCGACGCGAGAGGGUCGGAAAUCCGUCAAGUCGACUCUGUCGCCGCUGCUUUGGCACAGAGCCAGCCGGCUGGACUAACAAAUGUUCAUGAACAUAUACCCGAAUUGCAGCACAACGUUACACUUCUUUGCCGACAAAGCAAAGAGGCACUCGAUCGUCUCGCACGUCACGGCGCAGGGAUCCGUGAAAGGCAACGCUGGCUUCAGCGAGAUCUAGAGGCAUUGCGAGUACGUGCAGAGAAAGCGACUGAGGAACAUGAGCGCUUAACGUCUGUGAUGCACGUUAUCACUACUUUACGUCAAUCGGGCGAAAACAGCACAUCUCUUGAUGACCUUGCACCGGCGAUGGAGCGAGUGGCGUGGCUCCCUCGUGAACUCAUGGAGCAGUUUCAAUUGGAUGAAGCUGUCGCUGGAGCGCUGGUCCCUGCUUUGCGACAUACUUUCGCUGAUUGGGAUCCAUUGGCUGAACCGCAUCGCGGAGUCCAACGACUGGCGUCCUGGCUUUGUUUCCUUGCUCCCGCCUUCACAUCAUCCGCAGCAUCCCAUGCCGAACGGCCCAUGACGCCCUGGGAAAGCGUUUUAUGGAACAUAUGGAUGCCGGUCAUACGCUCAGCGCUAACGAAUACUUGGGACGUGCAUGAUGCGGCGCCGGCCGUAGCUCUUGUCGAGACAUGGCGUGACAUUCUACCACCUUUUGUGCUAGACAAUGUGCUGGACCAGCUUAUUAUACCGAAACUUGAGCGUGCCGUUCAAGGCUGGACACCCAACCAGCCCAAUCAAACGCAAGCUGUACCACUUCAUGUGUUUGUACUGCCGUGGUUGCCUAUAGGCGAGGCGCGUCUUGUCUCUGUGUUGGGCGAGGCACGUCGUAAAUGGCGAAGUGUCCUUGCAUCCUGGCAUGUGAGGUUGGGCAUUCCCGCCCACUUCCUCAUAUGGCGCAGUGUCUUUACACCUAAAGAGUGGGAGGCACUGCUCUUGGAGCGCAUUGUGCCCGCUAUGACAAAAGCACUACGAACGCAAUUCCACGUCGAUCCAGGUCAGCAAGACAUGCGUGUGCUUGACGGCGUGUUGGCUUGGCAAGGCGUUCUGCGCGACAGUGUACUGAACCGCUUGUUCGAGACGGAAGUAGCGCCUCGUUGGCUCGACAUCUUGCACGCAUGGAUUACGCAGACAGAUGCAGACCUGGCAGAAAUCGCCGCUUGGUACGAAUUUUGGCGUAGCUGGUUUGCUUCCAAAGCUACUAUCCCGCUGCAGGGCGUAACAUGCAUGUUUCGACAAGCACUUCAGCACAUCAACGCGGCGCUGGACCGUGGGCAUGACCGCGUGACGACGCCUCGGCCCGGAGUGUCCGGACCCACGGCUGCUGCGACUGCGUCGGCCACAGAAGCGACAACACCCGUUGAAAGCGCUUUAGGCUCGGCGAGCACGGGACAUGCCCGACAGGGAGAUGCACCGCCUCCGACGCUCGAAGAUGUGUCGUUCCGUCACAUUGUCGAAGAACGAGCGAGUGAACGUGACCUAUUUGUGCGCUCACUCAACAAGCUAGAGCCAUCUAGCGGUUUGGCUUUGCUACGCGUAGCACGGCACGUCGACGGAAAAUUCGGUACAACGUUUUAUCUGGACGAUGAUGUUAUCUUUGUCGCGCUCGAGCAGGGCGCGGCAGAGGGACGAGUGACAUACGAGCCCGUAUCACUGGGCGAAUUAUUGGAUCGGGCUUCACGGGCAUGA